AUGACAUCAUCAGGCCCCUCGUCCCCCCAGUGCCAGUUUUGUCCCGUCUCGUCCCUGAUUGGACGGACGCCCUGUCAGUCCUGUCGGUGGCCCCGCCUCCUGCUGUGUGUCUGGCUGUGGAUUGGUGGACAGGUGGUCCAGGUGAGCUCCUCCCACCAACACUUCCACCCCCACUCCAUAAAGAUCCCAGGUGACAUCACUCUGGGGGGGCUGUUCCCAAUCCACGCCCGUGGCCCCCAUGGCCGGCCCUGCGGCGAGCUGAAGAAGGAGAAGGGGAUCCACCGCAUGGAGGCCAUGUUGUACGCACUCGACCAGAUCAACAGCGACCCCGAGUUGCUGCCAAACAUUACGCUGGGUGCCCGAAUCCUAGACACCUGCUCCAGAGACACCUACGCUCUCGAACAGUCCCUCACCUUCGUCCAGGCGCUGAUCCAGAAAGACACAUCUGACAUCCGCUGCUCCAACGGAGAGCCGCCCGUCAUCCGGAAACCCGAGCGCGUGGUCGGUGUGAUCGGAGCGUCAGCCAGCUCGGUGUCCAUCAUGGUGGCCAACAUCCUCCGACUGUUUGAGAUCCCUCAGGUGAGCUACGCCUCGACGGCUCCGGAGCUCAGCGAUAAUAACCGUUAUGACUUCUUCUCUCGGGUGGUCCCUCCGGACUCAUACCAGGCGCAGGCCAUGCUGGACAUCGUCAAGGCUCUGGGCUGGAACUACGUGUCUACGCUGGCGUCCGAGGGAAACUACGGAGAGAGUGGCGUGGACGCCUUCAUGCAGAUCUCCAGAGAGGCCGGUGGGGUAUGUAUCGCUCAGUCGGUGAAGAUUCCUCGGGAGCCGACGGCCGGCGAGUUCGAUAAGGUUGUCCGGCGUCUGAUGGAGACGAGUAAUGCUCGCGGCGUGAUCAUCUUCGCCAACGAGGACGACAUCAAGCGUGUCCUCGAGGCGGCAAAGCGCGCUAACAUGACGGGUCACUUCCUGUUUGUGGGCUCAGACAGCUGGGGGGCAAAGAGUUCACCAAUCACAGAGCUGGAGGACGUCGCAGAGGGUGCCGUGACCAUCCUGCCUAAACGGGCGUCCAUAGACGGGUUCGAUCAGUACUUUACAUCUCGUUCUCUGGAGAAUAACCGCCGGAACAUCUGGUUCAACGAGUUCUGGGAGGACGACUUCAGGUGCAAACUGACGCGUCCUGGAAUCAAACUGGACCCUGACAAGAAGAAGUGCACAGGUGAGGAGAGGAUUGGUCAGGACUCGUCCUAUGAGCAGGAGGGGAAGGUUCAGUUUGUGAUCGACGCUGUCUAUGCCGUGGCCUACGCCCUGCACAGCAUGCACCUAGACCUGUGUCCCAGUAGCCCCGGCGUGUGCAGCAGCAUGGACCCUGUGGAAGGACGCCUGCUGCUGGACUACAUCCGAGCCGUCAACUUCAACGGAAGUGCGGGGACAACUGUCCUCUUCAAUGAGAAUGGAGAUGCUCCCGGUCGUUACGACAUCUUCCAGUUCCAGACGACCAAUCACAGCCAUCCUGGGUAUCAUGUGAUCGGCCAGUGGACCAAUAACCUGAGACUCAACUGUGAACAGGAGGGGGCCGAGCACACGGCCCUGGGGGCUCCAGUGAUGAGCACUGAUGUAGAGACUCUCUGGGGUCUGCAU